UUAAUAUUAAAAUUCAACUCAGCUGAUAAAUUCAUUAAAAUAUUUUUCUUUUCUUAGAAAAUUCUCAAUAUUUUAUCUUUCGUCUGUUUUCUUAAUUUGUUUCAUCAGUCAUGUCUGAACCGAGUGAGCAGGCAGGGUCAGAAAAAUCGGAAUCUGAGAACAAGGAUUCUGGAGGGAGGAAAAAGUCUGUAAGGAAGAAAUCUGUCAAAAAAGCAUCUAUACGGAAAAAAUCUGUGAAAGGCGGUUCAGGGAAGAGGAUGUCUAUGAAAGCUGGAGGAGGAGGGAAAUCAAAACUGGGUCUCUCAAAGGAAAUUGCUGAAGACCAAAACCCCUUUCUAAAAUCUGGUCAGGGAGUGUUCAAAUUCAAAAAUCACGAUAGGUACAUUGGAGAAUUCCAAGCUUUGUGGCCAGAUGAGCUAUGCCGACAAGGUCUUGGGAUUUAUUCCACAUGGGAUGGACUGGUCUAUAAAGGUAGAUGGUCGGAUGAUUACUUGAUCAAUGGGAUCGUGCAAUGGCCUUGUGGCCAACGGUACACUGGGGAACUGUCAAUGGGAAAGUAUUCAGGAUCUGGCAGGUAUUACAUUCCCGGGAGAGGAGAACUCAUAGCAAAUUUCGAGAACAAUCUUCCAAAAGGAAAAGUGGCUUUCAUAGAUGAGGCAGGGCUUAUAUACACUGGGGAAGUAAUUGAAGGUGAAGAAGUUCUCACACUGAUCCCAGUUAACCACUAUCUUCCGAUAAACAAAGAUGAAUUGGUAGUCCGACCCCAACCACCACCUCCAAACCCCAAAAAGAGCAAGAAAAAAUAGUUUUAGGCAAAUGCAAAUUGGCCCAUGAAAAUAAAUGAUGAAAACAUCAUUAUAACUUGAAAUGUA